AAUUUUAUCCAUUUUCAGAUUAUUGUUUUGGUUGUGGGUUAUGUAGUUCAGGGUUCGGGUUCUUCCUGCAGGGUGAAGUCUGUUUUUCUAUCGAGGUUGUGGCAAUCUAUUUUUCUACUAUCCUGUGAAAUUCCUGCGUAAAGCGAAAUGGCGAAGUUUAUCAUCUGUUUGGACUACCGAGUUUUGUAAGACUUGAGCUAACCAUGGCGACUACGUUAUCAACUUCGAGUAGUGGACCGGCGCCUCUGGCAACCCUAAACCAACCCCCUUUUUUGUCCAAGAACCUUGAUCAAACAAGAGUUAGCUGUUCGACGGGUAUUAGGAGCACGACCGUGCCUCUACCCGGUGCCUCCAGUGCUUCUUCCGCGGCGGUGGUUAACCCGGAACUCUACGUGAGUCCGGAGUGGCUGGCAGCUCUCCUCAAGAGGUCUUCUGGCUCAUCCUCCAACAACUCUCUCAACUCUUCCUCAGUGUGCAGUGAUAAAACAAGCAGUAUACCAUUCAAGGUGUUCGACAUCCGUCCAUCGCAGUUCUUCUCAGCGUCGCGCAUUAAAGGAGCCAUCCACCUACAACUGCCCAACCUCAUCCUCCGAAGACUCCGACGGGGUCCGGUGCGACUGUCCUCUCUGAUGUCGGACUCGGACAGCCGACAAGAGUUGGAGAGACACUCAGAAUGUAACACUAUCACAAUUGUCCUCUAUGAGGAGUCUCCGAUGGUACAGCUGCUGGUCAAGAACUUCUCAGAAUUAGGUUUCCACACCAAAGUGCUAAAAGGUAACUUUGCCAACUUUGAAAACCUCUACCCCGAACUCUGUGAGCGCACACUACCAAAUGACCCCUCCUUGUUCCACCCGUCGCAGCAGGGCGUGGCCAAUGGGGUAGGAGGGGGUCUGAGUUUGAGUCAGGGUCAGGAGGAGAUGAUGAAAGCUGGCGGCAAUAGUGGGGGCUUCUCCCAAUCUGCCAAUGCAGGCGACAUCCGGAUCCCACUGUGCAACCUCAGAAUAUCAUGCAGUCAACCAGUCACCCCUGCCAACUUACGAGACUUCAGAGCUUUCAACUUGGCACCAGAUCUAGCUCAGCUGGAGUCGCCAAAAGGUGCCGAGGUAUCAGCUGGAUGCAACGCGCCAGAUCUUUCGACAGGUCAAAACCCUAGCUUAUCUUACUUAAACGGUCAAACUGACUACAACCAGACACAGUGUACUGAUAGUUUACCGAGAACGGGAUUUCUGCGACCUCACAUUAAAAAUGGAACACCGAUAUCCUCAACUGACCUGCCUUCCCUCUCCAGUGGAAUUUUGACCUCCAAAAGCAAAUCUGUCGACCUUUUCCGCGACUCCAAUCUUUUAAGUGUGCAAUCUCGGGAAACGGGUCAUAAGAAGCACAUCACUUCUUCUUCGCUCAACAGCAGCUCGACCUGUCUCAGACACUCCAGUUGCAACUCCUCUGGCUCCAGUUCCCGGAACCCCCUCUAUCUGACCUCAAAGCGAGCCGGAAGCCUUACCCAGAUCCUCCCCAACCUCUACCUCGGUGACCAGGUCGACUCCAGAGAUGCCCUGGCCCUCAAGAAGCACGGUAUCAGGGCCAUCUUAAAUGUAACUCCCGACCUCCCCAACCAUUUCGAGAAGAAAUCUGUUAACCUCUCUGAUACGGACGCGUAUGAAAUGACUGCAAGUUGUCCCAAAUGUGACUUGAACGCUACGAACUUCACAAGCAAAUCUGAAGAUCAGACUCCAACUAGAGAAUCAUUGAAUGAAAAUUCAGACGAGUGCCAGUCAACGACAGAAAGAGGGAAAGGGGGAGGGGGAAGUACAACAAGUAAUUCUGAAGACUCUGAAGCUUUCGAGGAUCUAGUCGGGGAGAUCAAGUACCUCAAGGUCCCCAUAGACGACCAGUUCUCGUCCGAUAUCAUGCUGCAUUUCCCAGGAGCCAUCGCAUUUAUAGACGAUGCAAUAUCUAGUGGCGUGAGUGUGUUAGUGCACUGUCUGGCUGGAGUGUCUCGAUCAGUGACGAUCAUGAUUGCCUAUUUGAUCUGCUCGAAACGCAUGCAACUGGCAGAGGCAAUAGAACACGUGCGCAGACGCAGGCCCAAUAUAUCUCCCAAUUUCAACUUCAUGGGACAGCUGCUUGAGUUCGAAAAGCAACAGCAUCACCUCAGUUCAAACAGUUCGUCUCCUGUAUCAACCUCAAAAACUACCUCCCUAUCCUCCCACUCGUCACCUCUAGCACUCUCCCCCAUCAGUGUGAACAACCCCCACUCUCACGACCAGUUCGACACCCUCAAAGCGAACCGAUUGUCGCCGACUCCGAGUCACUUACCGGCUGAGCAUCUGACCACCCGCAGCAGUGACCAGGAGCUGCAAGCCGAUGUCAGUGUCCAGAAUCGGGAUUCAAAACCACUUCAGGGAACCACUUUAUCGUUAUCGUCUUCGGUAUUUGUCACGACCCCAGGUGGGAACAGAUCAAAGUUGGAUUCGACCGGCUUGACCCCCCGCGACUUCUAUACUGGGCCUAAUCAACUGACCUCAUUAGACACGAAUUGCAACUUCACCUACUUGGCUUCAACGUCUGAAGAUAUACCUGUGGACCACAAGUCCACCCACCUUCCGGGACAACUCGAAAUGAUGAGGGGUAGUAUCAACGCGAAAAAUGCGGAAGACAGCUUGGGCUGUGAAAACGACGACGACGAAGAAGAAGAAGACGUAUUUAUGGCUGAUGAAAAGGCCGCUAUUUAUAGGAAAAAUAAAGGGUCGUUUUCGGAUGCUCGUUUCACAGCAACAAACACGAAGCGAUCAAAUCAAUCGGGCACUCCGAAGAACAGUUUCGCGUUCAAAAAUCAGCGUCAAAUGAGCGAGGCUGCCUCUUUGUUUCUGGAAAGCGAGACGAAUCAACAAGCGCUCAGUUCGUGGGAUGACGCCACAGACCUCGUACACAUCUCACUCGAGACGACUUCGGUAGACAAAGCACAAAGGACUUUCACUGUUGCCGAUACGCCACGCGAGACAAUCAGCUCGGAAUGUGACCUUGAACAUACAUGAUAAUACAUAUUGAUUAAGUGUGGAAAAAUGACGCAAAAUGGCGAAAUUCAAGCUGAAUUUUUGUACAUCUUUUUUGAUCUCACAUGCGAUCAGUUGGUGUUAUUCAAA